CUCCUAUCUUUAUUACUGAAGACUGAAGUCUACAACUUGAGGUUAAAUGUCCAAUCAUUUGGGAUCAAACUAAUGACAAGGAUUUGUGGUCGGUUUGAAGGACAUCCGAACAACCUAAAGUUUCAGAUAUCAGACAACUCAAACAUUGAUUCACGUCUCAUUCUCCGACUGACCAGUAUUUCUCAAGCAUAAAGAAGUAUCAGAGUAACUGUUAAUUUCAACCAUUUAAUGAAAGUUCCGUGAGUACAAACAUACAUGUGGAGAACGUCAGGCGACGAAAGGUCGAAAAAGUCGGAUUAUGCAACACCCAUUAAAGCUCCACACAAAUACGAAAAGAGUCAUGUUAAGAAACCUCAUUUAUCAGGGAACCGGUGUAGUGGUGCUCCACUUCAGACACCAUCGUCGUCUCACUCCUUUCCUGAUAUAGAUGAUGUCUCACUUACAAUACUAUCUCGUAAUAAUAAACACUUAAAACAGAUUGACAGGACAAAAGUCAGUAAUACCGUUCCCAAAACAUUGAAAGAAAGUAAUAAAUCCACACAAGUCAUCCGUGCAAAGACCCCGACCAGGGAAUUAUCUCACAUCAGCAUUACAAAUAAAUGCAUGACUUCUGGAAAUGCUGGCAACAGGAAAUCAAAGAAAGUAUCUAAUUGUAAUUUGAAAGUCCCAAGGUCCUCUUUAAAUAGUAUGAAGUUCAACUCCCCAUUUGUAAGAGGAUUGGAAGAAUUUAUAAUUACGGAUGAUGAAUCGAAAGUCACAACCCCGUUACGACGUCAGAAAGCUCUUUCCGAAAAGCAUAUUGAAAGGAUAGGUAAACCACAUGAAGUGAUUAGGACUAAGCGACAUACUCCUCUUAAACGCUCUAUUUUGAAUGAGCGCGCUAUCCGCAAGAGUCAGCGAAGUCAUUCACUUCCAGCCCCUGUAGGAAUUACUUUUGAUUCCACUGAAUCUCCUAGUGUGACGAAAAUCACAGAGUUCCGUACUCCUGAUAGCUUUAAUAAUUCUCUAAAAGAACCCACUUCUUCAUCGGAAAUCGAAAAGUAUCUUGUGAGUGAGUUGAUUUCACGAUUGGUUACAUUCCAAGACAGAGCAUAUGUAACCCACGCUAAUAACCCCUUUCAUCUCAAGAGAACAAAGCGACUUGUUUGUGGUUUUCAUGAAGUAAUCAAACACUUAAGGUUAAAACACAUGCGAAUUGUCUUUGUGGCCCGCGAUCUUGAAGGAAAUGCUACCAGUUUCUUAUGGCAAGAUAAAAUUACAUAUGAUGAAAAGGAAGCUGAAAAUAAGAUAGUUCUUAGUGCAUUGGAAAAAGUACUCUGUCAGAUCUGGGAACUUGCAAAAGAAUGUGACCCGCCGGUACCAAUAAUCAUUACCCAUACAAGGAAAAAAUUAGCACAUUUAUGUCAUAAACCAAGACUUGUAUCUGUUGUAGGAAUUAUAAACGCCGAUGGAGCAUAUGAAGUUGAAAAAAAGCUGUUAGAUAUGAAAUCUGGAGUUAAUUUAAGAUGUGCAACAAGUCUGGGGACUGCUCAAAUAAACACAGUGAAUGAGCUCACUGUAGGGAACUCAAACGCUACAAUUAUCGAAAAGUUGCGGUGUUCCGUUGAAUCUAUCAACAUUAAGUGAUUAGCUUUUGUUUGAAGUCAAAUGUCCGUAUCUCCCAUCACUACCGAUGAUCGAUAAAUCCCCUUUUUCCAUAUUGUACAUAGUUUAUUUUACUUGUGUAUACUUCAGUUGAUUUUGUUUCUUCCAAAUAAACUGUAAACGACUCUUCCACGUUGAUUCUUACUAUCGUCUAAUAAUGCUCAACCCUAUUGAACUCAAUCAUUAAAAUAGUUUGUAAGCGUAAUUACAUGCAGCCUGACAAUCCACAUUCUGAUAAACAAAAUAUGGUUCGAUUUCCGCUAUCCAAAAUUUAAGAUUCAAAUGUCUAAUUUAGCGAUGUAUAAUAUUGUCAUAUCAGAACGACCGAUAUAUAAGCCCUAGUUAAUCACAUAAUGUUAUACUUUCCAUCGAAAUACGCACUACGAAUGAAACAUGAUUUUAUUGAACGUCAAGUGCAUCAAUGGGAUUAGACGUUACUUUGUUACGUGAAAUAUUUAAGGACCUACACUUUCCGUCUAUUUUUCAUUUCUUAAUAAUGUAGAUUGUAGGUAAGAAGCUGAGUUUCAAAUUUAUAAUACACAAUGCCGAACAUUGCUGAAACAACAUUCAGGCUGAUGUACCAUAGGUUUCUGGGAAUAACUGUUGUUGGAUCUUCACAUGUUUAUUGUGAGGUGACUAUACUUACAAUUAUAUUUCAGCUUAAUUCUUCAUGUCAAACGAUACCAAUGUCAAGUGCAGUCAUAUUUUGCUAUCACAAGAUGACUAGAUGCUAAACUGCAGCUUAAACUAAGUGUUACGACCAUUCAAUGAAGGUCUAAUUUCCUCAAUGAUAGGAUGGAGUUGAUAGCAUGUGUUGCGAGUAUGAUUUGUGGGGGCUGGUAUUAUGGCGAGCCCACAUGUUAUCCUAGACCAAAGUCUAGGAUCAAUCUACUCAUUUUUAAGCCAUAUUUUUACCCUGCCAAUUAUUCGCUUAUUAAUCCUGACUGACUUUCUGUAUGUGUGUCUGUAACUCAUUUUUCGUCUGAUUAUAAAUACUGAGUCACGCUUGGGUAAAUCGAAUCGACUCACUUGUCUUCUCCAUUGCGCCAUUUUGUUCUGCUUUCUGAUCAACGAUUGUGUGGAAUACAUGUAUUCGCAAUUCG